UCCAUUGUCAAGUCAUGUCAGUGUCAAAUAAACGGUCCCAUCGGUCGAGUCAACAUUGCUUGUUUUUAAGUUUUGUUCCGUAGUUUUAUUCCUCGCGAUUCACGCAAAUGACCUUUUUCAUAAUAAGGUGAUCACUUAGAAUCAAUUUGGUUUCAAAUAUGAGCUUUACAUCUACAAUCACUCAGUUUUAGACCAUUGGAGCAUCUGGUUUGUGUUAUGAAGAACAGAGGAUAGUGCUAAUGUGUGAAACUGUGAACCAGUGAACAGAUGAUUUACAUCCAUAUGUUUCGAUUUUCAAGACAAUUUUUCUCCGAGCUUAUCAAUAUAAACGGUGCAACGACUUAGUCGAUUGGGGUUUUAAUGAUACGAAGAAGAGGAAUAAAAGUUAUUCAGAUGAAUAAAAAUGUCAACAGAAGGAAGCGGCGAGACCCCCUCCGUAGUGCCAAGUUUACCGGGAGCACCGGAGCAAACUUACUUAUUUCCCAAAACGAAAGGACAUUCGAGAUCAGUCAGUCAUGGCGGGACACCGAUGCUGGCAGGCAAUCCCACGGCGGCGCGUCCACUCAAGUCUGCCUUACGAGGACACCAACGGGCACUAUCGCACGGCCAAAUCGUGGAAGGUGCUCGGUCAUCCUCAGGACCAGGUCACAGCCGCACCGGUAGUCGAACUGAUUUCAUUCUCCCUCCAGGCCAUCGAGAUCAGGCACCAGCAAGUGCCUUGCCACGGCUGAGCUCAGUAAGGGCCCACUCUCGCCAAGCUUCACGUUCAGACUCCAUUUACACUAUUCGUCGGAACUCAUCAGUCGGAGUAUGGCACCGUACACUAACUUGGUUUCUGAGGAGGCAACCCCCCUCUGUGGACAAUCGAAUGCUAAUUGUAACUCCUAACCACAUAGUUCCCGAAAAAACCCCUCUAAAGGAACACCCAAAUGGACACAGAUGUGACAAUCAAAUCAGGACUACAAAAUACACAUUGUUGUCUUUUUUACCAAAGAACUUAUUUGAGCAGUUUCAUCGGAUUGCAAAUGUGUACUUUAUAUUCAUAGUGUUAUUAAAUUGGGUGCCUCAGAUCAGUGCAUUUGGCAAGGAGAUUGCCAUGAUGCCUGUGUUGUUUGUGCUCACAGUCACUGCCAUCAAGGAUCUCUUUGAGGACCGAAGAAGACACCUUUCUGACAAACGAAUUAACAACUCCUUCUGCAGAGUCUACAAAAAAUCGACAGAAAGAUACAUGAAAGUGAAAUGGCGGGACGUUCGCGUGGGAGACAUUAUUCACCUGUCGAACAACGAAGCAGUGCCGGCUGACAUGGUGUUGCUACACACUUCCAAUCCGGUGGGAAUCUGCUACCUGGACACUUGCAAUCUGGACGGGGAGACCAAUCUGAAGCAAAGGGUAGUCGUGCCCGCUCUCAAGCAAUUUCAUAAUCAAUUCAAUCCCGCCAAAUUUAUUAGUUUAGUAGAGGUAGACCGACCAUCAACAAAAAUUUACCGGUUCACGGGCACGAUAUCAAACCCAAACGGAUCUAGAAUUCCACUCGACUCGGAUAAUUUACUUUUAAGAGAAUGCACCAUCAAAAAUACCGAUUUCGUAGAAGGAAUCGUCGUGUACGCUGGCCACGAAACCAAAGCCAUGCUCAACAAUGGAGGCCCUCGAUAUAAAUGUUCCAGUUUAGAGAAAAAAAUGAACACUGACGUCAUUUGGUGCAUCUUAGUUCUUUUGUUUUUGUGCUGCACCGGAGCCGUCGGUUGCAAGUUAUGGCUGGACGGGUACUAUAAACAGUAUGACGCUAAAACCUACGAGAACAUACCAUUCUUGCCGAUAUCCGAGAAACCUACGUACGAGGGCUUGAUUAUAUUUUGGACUUACAUUAUAAUACUCCAAGUGAUGAUACCGGUUUCUUUAUACGUGACGAUAGAGAUGGCUAAACUUCUGCAAGUGUACCAUAUACACCAAGACGUGGAGAUGUUUGAUCCGGAAACGAAUAGGAGAAUUGAAUGUCGAGCGUUGAAUAUAACAGAGGAGUUGGGACAGAUCCAGUACGUGUUUAGUGACAAGACGGGCACUUUGACAGAGAACAAGAUGGUGUUCAGAAGGUGCUGCGUGGGCGGGGUGGACUACGACCACCCGCCCGGGCCGCCGGCCGAACCCGCAUCCGACCUGCCGCCCAUCGUACAACCCAUUACAAACGUGUCACCGAAUACAAGAUUGCUACAGCAUUUGACGGACAAUAAUGACAAUCAGCAUACACAAAAGGUACGCGAGUUCAUGCUGAUCUUAGCGGUGUGUAAUACCGUGAUGGUGAACCAGCCCCACUUCGACCCCACGCAGCUCAGCGCCUCAAACUCCACCACCGACCAGUUCAACGACAAACCGGCCAAGCCUAAUGGCACGAUGCGAUCCAACGAUAAGUAUGCCCGCCUAGCGGAGUCUCGGUCGACGACGCCAUCACCGCCGCCUUCGACAGCUUCCCCGCUCCGUAUCCGACUUCCACGACUACGCCGCGACCGUGACGACAACAGCAGCGCCUCCACCAAUGACGUGCAGAUGGCACGCUACGAAGCAGAAAGUCCUGAUGAGCUGGCAUUGGCAGAAGCUGCGCUGGCGUACGGCUACGAACUGCGCUCGCGCACGCCCGAAGACGUCGAAGUGGCCAUUCGUGGAGAAAUAACUACUAUCAAAGUCCUUAGGGUGCAGCAGUUUGAUGCCAAUAGGAAAUGCAUGUCGGUGGCGUUGCGGUUGCCUAACGAUCAGGUCGUGUUAUACGUGAAGGGUGCAGAUUCCACCGUCUUGAACGCUCUCGCGCCAACGCGCGCCGGUUCAGCGGAGGCGGCCGCUUUAGAGAGAACCCGCUCGCUUAUCACGGAGUAUUCACACGCGGGUCUACGAUCACUGGUCAUGGCCAAGCGAGCGAUGCAACCAGCGUUAUGGGAAGAGUGGCUAGCUGGACACAACCGUGCUUUGGAGAUCGGAGAAGGUCGCGAGAAGAGAAUACGGGACUCGCUCGCUCGGCUGGAAAGCGCUUUAACGCUAGUCGGUGCGACGGGCGUCGAAGAUAAACUCCAGGAAGCCGUGCCAAGAACCAUCCGCGCCUUGUUGGACGCCGGCAUCAUCGUGUGGGUGCUGACCGGGGACAAACCCGAGACCGCCAUCAACAUCGCCUACUCCGCCGCGCUGUUCUCGCAGAACGAUCGAUUGCUGCAUCUCAUAUCUAGAAAUAAGGAGCACGCGGAGUCGACCAUCAAAAGCUACCUGGAAGCGAACCUGAGCGACUCGGUCGGCGGGCGCGCGCUCGUGGUGGACGGCCGCACGCUCACCUACAUCCUGGACCGGCGCUCCGGGCUCGUGGCGCCCUUCCUGUCGCUCGCCAGGAGGUGCUCCGCCGUGCUGUGCUGCCGGGCCACGCCGCUGCAGAAGGCGUACAUCGUGAAGGCAGUAAAGGAAGAAUUGAGCGUGACCACAUUGGCGAUAGGCGACGGCGCGAACGAUGUGUCGAUGAUACAAACAGCUGAUGUGGGAGUCGGUCUGUCAGGUCAAGAAGGUCGUCAAGCGGUAAUGGCGUCAGACUUUGCGUUGUCGCGGUUCAAGUUCAUAGAGCGACUGCUACUCGUGCACGGCCAUUGGUGCUAUGACCGCCUCGCCAGGAUGAUACUAUACUUCUUCUUGAAGAAUGCCACAUUUGUGUUCCUCGUGUUCUGGUUCCAAUUCUACUGCGGUUUCUCUGCCAACGUGAUGAUCGACCAGAUACACCUAAUGUCUUAUAAUCUCAUGUUCACCGCAUGGCCGCCGAUCGUCAUAGGCGCAUACGACCGCAUAGCCCCGGCGUCCCUCCUCACGGAGCGGCCCGGCCUGUACGGCGCGUGCCGCCGCGGCCUCACGUACAAGGCGCACACGUUCUGGCUGGUGCUGGCCGAGUGCGUCUACAUGAGCGUGGUGAUCUUCUUCACGGCCGCGGCGGCCUACGGCGGCACCGACGUCGACCUCUGGGAGUUCGGCACCUGCACCAUGACCGCUUGUCUCACCAUCAUGCUGCUCUACGUCGCAAUCGAGACGAGGAGUUGGACGGUGAUCCACGUGGUGGCUCUAAGCGGGUCAUUGCUGGCAUUCUUCGUGCUGACGCUGAUCUUCCAGAGCCUCUGCGUGGUCUGCUUCAACCUGCCUUCCACGUUCAGGGUGAUGCAGCACGCCAUACAGAGCCCGGUGUACUGGCUCGUCGUCAUCAUCACGGCUGUCGCGGCCUUGGCGCCGAGACUGGCGUACCACGCGAUCCGCAACAGCACCCGGCCCGGGUCGCUGGGGCGCGCGGUGAUCUCCCGGCGCCGCCGCAAGCGCUCGCGGCUGCCGUACGCGGCCCACUAUCGCAGCUCCGCCAGCGCCGCGCACGUCUACAGAUCGACGGACUCUGACGGUCUGCAGAAACCACCGGCGGAGGUAGCCGCGAUCACGUGACCGCUGCUCAUUACCCCCACUCGUAUGUUAAACUAGGCUGUGAUCUGUCUUAGAACUAUAUUCUAAUGUUAUUGUGCUUUCCUACCACUAGAGGGACCAAUGACUCGUGCCGGAGUCGGUGUGAGCCGAAACUAUAUGUAAGUUUGUAGUGAAUUGAAUCUGUCGCUUGUAAGUGAGCGUCGAUCUAACUAGAUCGCUUGUAAGUUUGUGGCGACCUAAUUCAUUCGCUUGUAAGUGAGCGUCAAUCUAACUAGAUCGAUUGUAAGUGAGCGUCGAUGUAACUAGAUCGCUUGUAAGUGAGCGUCGAUCUAACUAGAUCGCCUGUAAGUUUGUAGCGACCUACUUCGUUCGCUUGUAAGUUUGCGGCGAUCUUAUUAGAACGCUUAUAAGUUUGUGGCGAUCUUAUUAAGACGCUUGUAAGUUUGUGGCGAUCUUAUUAAGACGCUUGUAAGUUUGUGGCGAGCUAUUGCGACCGUGCGAUUCCGCACCUUGCGUGUUUUAAUAUCUUAACUUCGUAAAAUAUUAGCAUUUAACUCGUGUCAAAUCUUCUUACGAAAAUGUACAUUUCUGAAUGGUGUAUAUCAGCUAUUGAAGCGGCGGCUAAAAAUGCUUCAAACUUAGUAAUUUUACUGCGCGUUGCCCCACAACCAUCAAAAUAAGGCUAUAUUAUUGAAUUUUGUCAUGUAUCUUAUGACUAGAAAAUAAUUAUGGUGAAUUUUACGCUCGUAGUAUUAUUCUGACAGAUGUCGAGAGUAUUAUCUAAAUGUACAGUCUUUUUCCCCGUUGGAUCAUAUUUUCGCUAUUUUUUCAAUCUAGUCUUUGGGUUAAGGACAUGAAAUUGCAUAUUGCAGUAUUAAGAUCUACCGGCCCGUCGAUUUUUAAGUCUAAUCAGUAUUUAAAUGAACGCGAGAAAUACUCGAGAUUUUUUGCUUCAGGGUUUUUACUUCCAAAGCCGCUAGAUGUCGUCGAACUAAAAAGGACGCUAUUUUAGUCAUUUUAAAUGUCACUUUGACUUAAUUGUUUGUAAUGUUACAAUUCUUUAGUGAGGAUGUCAUGCACACUUUGGUAGUUUAAGACCUAUAUUGAUCGGGAACUGUUGUUAAAAAUUAAGGAAUAUUAAGCUUACUUUUGUAUUGGCAAUCAAUGUGGUUCAAAGUGAACAGAGGCAAACUAGACUCGUAGAUAAAAAAAAUCAUUAAUAGAUUUAUGAAUAUCAGAUUAGAAAUUAAAAUUGCGUUUCGAUUCGAUAACUAGUUAUUACCACUUAAACAGGGUUGCUUUUUUAGCAGUAUCUACAAAAUGAGAUAACUUCAGUACUUGGGACAAUAAUUUUUCAUAGAAAUUCAUUAAAUCGCAUCAGCUGAUCACUCAAUAAUAUUUUUUUCGCUCCAAAUUCUUAAAAAAAUUGAUAGUUUUGAUUAUCUUAAUUCAGAAAAUUUGGAUACUGUUGAAGACACAUCCCUAUAUUUCUUGACAUGUUGUAUUGAAUACAAACCAUUAUAAAUAUGUGAACAAACAUAAAACAGACAAAUAGCUACAACAUUAAAAUUAAUUUUUCAGAUAUACAAAGACUUAUAUCACAUAGAUGUCGUGCUAGCAACCUAGUGAUUGUGAAAGAAGUUUCAAUUUAUUUGUACUUAUAACUUCGCUAUUUACGACACUAAAUUAAGGUUUUAUAUUAGUACAUUUAUAUGCCUCUACGUAGAAUUCCGGAAAAAACACCAUCAGAAUCGACCAAAAUCAAAAGAAAUAGUGGAGAUUUAAAAUCAUUUUUUAAAUCAUCCCGGUUUUAAGUAGAGACAUACUUGUGUACGAUAUAGUUUGUAUGUAGACUGUGUGAUGUGUUGGCUUCCUUCGAACGUGUAACGUAGAUGUGUAUUAUAACGACCUGCCUUGCCCGAGACUGCGUGAGUGGACACCCUACAUCGAACGCGCACCCGCCACCAUUGUGUCAAAUCUGUUUAAAAAUAAAUGAACCAUUAUGGUGUCGAUAGAGUUUCACUGGAAUAGUAUUUGAAACUUGAUUUUUGAUAGAAACUAUAGGCACACUUACCUAUAUUACAUUGCAAUUUGACAGUUAUUGUCUAUACUCAGAGCGUGAUGCGCAUCACGCUCUGAGUAUAGAUAAUAUCAAUCAAAAACAUAUUUUUUGUUUAAAUUAGUAGUUAAAUGUGCAGUUUUUUAAAGGACUUAAAUUAUUCCAUUAGUAAAGUAUUAAUAACAUUGGUAUGCAUAUCGUUUUACGAACGGAUCAGUUCAUUUUUGGGCGCGUGUUUGAUCAAGAAAAUUAUCAAAAACGUGAUGUUGAUUUCAUAGAAGAUGGCACUCGUGCAUCUCAAGUUAUUAAAUAUGAUAGUUUAUAGAGGCAGUAGUAUUAUCUUGAUAUAGGCUCGCGGAACCGAAGUGCCUUGUGGCGGUGGCGGCGCGUGCGCAGGUGUCCGCUUCACCAAAUGAUUCCUAAAAGAUUUUACUAUUUUACUAUUGUUUGUACAUAAAUACAAAUUAUAUAUUUCUAUAUAAACGACGAUUGUUACAUGUACAGUAGGCUAUUUUCGUAUAAAACAAAUCUUUGUGUAAAUAAUUUGUAUGUUCUAAGACUGUUGUUCAUUUUAGAGCUUUUAAUUUGUUCAGUUAAUUUAAAUUUGUAGGAUAUUGUGAUAUAACAUGUAUUUUCCAGUCAUUUUAAUCUAUGCUGGCUUCUGGCGCAACAUGUUUAUAAUAUCUUUAAAUUUCUUGCCAUAUUUAAAUCGGGAUGUAGUGAUUAACAUUUUUUAGUACAAGUAUUUAUAUUUAAGCUGUUUUUUAAAACUUCUUACUGAUGCAUAAUUUUUUUAAGAAUCAGAAUUUAGCAAACAUAAUAAUUUGCUCCCUUAUUAGUAUUUUCUAAUAACUUCUGAAUUCAUGAGAAUAAAGUGAUUAUUUUAAUCCGGAGAUCCUACUGAAUAGGUCCUUUUAAUUUCAAGCAGUAACUUCUAAUUUUAACAAAGGAGUUAAAGAAAUCUACUUAUUUAUCGAUAAACGCAUUGAACAAUUAUUGUUGACGAUUAAUGCUUACACCUUAUUAUUAUUAGAACAAAAUACAUGAAAGGAAAUCAAUUGGUUAUGUUGAGGACGGAGAUAAUUUUUUCCCAAUGGUGUCGCUAACAACUCCGUCAAUUUCUAUCAUCCUGCGUAAGCCCCAACAAAUUAUUUAAAUUUCUAAUAUGCCAAUUAAAUUAGAAAAUUUUGUGACAAAAAGAAAAAGACAAAAACAAUUUCUAUGAAGACAAGAGCGGUGUUGUUAAGCGAAGGCCGAAGCAUAGGCAACCGUAUAUCGUAUAUUAUUCUGCCAAUAAGAAAUACAGAAUAAGAGUUUUAUUUGCUUAGUUUAUUACUGACAUUUAUUUUUCGUAUUAAAAUGAAAAAUAAAUAUAUAGAUUCACAACGCAACUGCUGUUCUGUUAAAUUGCCCUAAGGAAUGUCUUGAAUGAAAGUGGUUUAUUUAUACUAAAAUAUGCAUUUAUGUUUUGUGAUAUUGCACUUGUUCUGUACUUGAUAAGUUCGGUGACCCGGACUCGGCAAUGACUAGAAAAUACAUUACCAUAAAUAUUACGUGUUGUUUUAUAAUAAUAACAAAAUAUUUAAUUUCAUUA